AUGUGGCUACCACCAGGAACUCAGGCAUCAAUUGCGGGAUGGCCUCAAAAGGAGUAUUUAAACGGCAAUGUCACUUUUGAACUUCCCCGCUCCAUCAACGCCAAAAACGAAAUGUCCCCAUUGAAGGGAAUCAAAGUCAUUGAGCUCGCAGGCCUAGCUCCGGGCCCAUUCGCAGGCCUCCUACUAGCCGACUACGGCGCCUCGGUCCUCCGCAUAGACCGACCUAAAUCCAUAAGCGGCGACCAACUAACCCGCAACAAAACCUCCAUAAUCCUCGACCUACACGACCAAGCCUCUGUCAACAUCCUCUUCCGCCUCCUCCCAACAGCUGACAUCCUUAUUGAUCCCUUCCGCCCAGGCGUUCUCGAACGCCUCGGCCUCUCCCCAACAGAUGUCCUCCUGAAGCACAACCCGCGCCUAAUCGUCGCCCGCAUGACCGGCUUCCGCCGCGACGGGAAAUACAAAGAUAUGGCCGGCCAUGACAUAAAUUACAUCGCUGUUUCAGGGGUGCUGUCGAUGUUAGGCCGCGCCUCAGAGAAGCCCCACGCACCAGCCAACAUCAUCGGGGAUUUCGCCGGUGGCGGCGCUGUGUGUUUCCAGGGAAUCUUGUUAGCGCUUAUCUCUCGCUCUCAUACCGGCCGCGGUCAGGUUGUCGAAGCUAACAUGGUCGACGGCUCGGCGUAUCUUGCUACGUUCCUGCGGCUUGGGCGGAAUACACCCGCGGGGGCGGCGCCGCGGGGUGAGAAUCUGCUGGACGGUGGCUGUCCGUACUAUGAUACGUAUGAGACCAAGGAUACUGGGCAGUACUUUGCUGUCGGGGCUUUGGAGCCACGGUUUUAUGCGGCGCUGGUUCGCGGGUUGGGGUUUGAAAUCGCGGAUCUUCCAAAUAGGGAGGAUCGGAAGCAGUGGCCGGCGUUAAGGGAGAUCUUUAUCAGAAGGUUUAAGGAGAAGACACGUGUGGAGUGGGAGGCUGUUUUUGAUCGCACGGAUGCUUGUGCUACGCCUGUUUUGGAACAGGCGGAGCUAGAGGAGGAUGGGUAUGAGCAACGGCCUAGUGUGCAUCUGGUCAGUACGCCCGCGGCACCGAUACUGGCGGAUCGGGGUGGGUGGUCGGGUGGCGGGCUUCUGCCUGGGGAUGGGGGUGCCGAUACACUUGGGGAGUGGGUGGGAUGGCAACCAGGUCGGGAUUUUGAGAUCAGGAAAGAUGGGGCCUUUGUGGCGGUGAAUCCAAAGUCCAAGAUUUGA